AUGACAGUAAAAGACGAUGGAGGUGGCGGCUGCGGUAGCAGUAACGGUGGUGGUGGUGGUAAUGACUACGAAGGCGGUGGUGGCGGAGGCGGAGGAAGUGGUGGUGGUUGUGCUAAUGGUGGCAUAGGUGGUGAUGUUCAUGAUAGUUGUGGUGGUGGCGGCGGUGAUGAUGGCGGCGGGGGUGGUGGUGAUGGGGACGAUUAUGCAACAAACAUUGAUAUAGGAUCAAUUGACUGGGGAAGGAGAAAUACAGGGUUUGGACUUGAUAUUGUGGGCCUCUUGUUCCUUAUUGUGAUGCUUCCCUUCCUUUGUUAA